AUGAGAGUAUAUCUCAUCCGCCACGCCGAAACAAUCCACAAUGUAGGCCAAACAUGGGCCGGAACCACCAACUCAGCACUGACGAACCACGGGGUACUGCAGAUAGAAUUCCUGGCCCGGCAUUUUGCCGCGCAGUCGAUUAAUUUCAGCGCGGUGUUUGCAUCCGAUCUGAGCAGAGCACGUCUAACCGCAGAAGGCAUCUGUCGUCUGCAGCCCGCACAGUUGUCGGUGACGCCCAUCUUAACUCGGGAUCUGCGAGAAAGAGACUUCGGGUCGUUGGAAGGACUGUCCUGGAACUCUUCUCAUUCUUUGAGCGGCUCUGCAUCAUCAUCAGCAGCGGCAGCAGUACCUACCGAAUUCGAGUCUCACAUCUCAAUGACACGGAGAGCAGAUUCAUUUCUCGGCGAGCAUCUCCUUCCACUUCUUCUUGACGAGCAGGAUACGAAUCACGAACGGAACGUGGCCAUUGUAGCACACGGAAUCAUCCUGCGCGUCUUGUGGAACCGUCUCACUGGACUCUUCAAUCCCAUGGAAGUCCAUAUCGCUCCGGGUGCAGCGUUGCGCCAUGGAAGUGGAAGAGCUGUAAACCCUGUCUGGUCAAAUACAGGUUUCAUGGCAGUGCAUAUUCAGCCCAGUAUGAUGACGCCGGAGGUCGCGACCCCGGCAUUGCCAUCGUGGGAGUUGCACCUGCCACGGAGAUCUGGAAACAACAGUGCUGAAGAUGUGACUGUACCAGCAACUUUCGAGAAUGCAGUUCCAGGAAGCUUUGUCUCAGAAGAGGCUCUCUUGCUAGGGUGGAGAAUGACCGUCAUCGCCGUGGACAGCAGAACGCAUCUUAACGGUCUGCACCGAACUCGUGGUGGAAUCGGGAGUUCUGUGCAUGAUUCGCGUCAGAAGAGAAUCGACCAGUUUUUCAAAUGA